AAAAUUGUUAUUUGAGAUACUGUGAAAAUUAAAAGAAAACUAUACACGAAUCAAAGUUUUGUUCGAAGAAUUCGUAGAAUUUAGUAUUUGAUAAACCGAAAAUAAAAAUCUGAUUGAUAAAUUUACGUGACAAGCAAAAAAAUAUAAGUAACUUAAUAAAUCUGAAAAUAAAAUACACGCGUAUAUAAAAUACUUUAAAAAAUUAACACCAGUGAAGCCUUAGUGAAAGCUCCAAAACAAAGUGAACUAAGUGAAUCGAAAGCUUUGUUUAGCAAAAAGCUAAAAAAAAAUGGCCUAAAAGGCAUAAAAAAAAAACAACAAACCAAAGAAAGGUCAAGCGAAAAAAGAAGUGUUUACAAACAAAACGGCUUCUACAAAAUAUCUGCAAACAUACGCGAGCACAAUCCUCCAUACUAAACACUACAGUUAAAAUAUCGACUGUGACAUUUCUUGCGUAUCGUUUGGUCGAACACUUUUCGUGGGCUGCAACAAUAACUGUAAUUAUUCGCGUCGUUCCACAUCGCCAUUUUCGCGCCUUUUUUGCUACCUUUCGUCGCAUCCGCGCUGCCGUUUCCGCUACGGUAAAUCGCGUUAAGACUUUAAGGCGCGUGUACACAUGUCCGUUUGCAAUCUGCUUGUGUGUGUUGGUGCACCAAUCAACACGAAUUUAUUGCGUGUGCGGUUUAGCGGCGCCCAAAUUGUCUCUAGGCGUGCAACUCAAUUGUAAAUCAAACGUGUUAAUCACCUGCUCGCUGACAUUUCGCGCCGCCUUCAGCGCUGAUUGUGGCUGCGCUUGUUGUACUUGCCGCCCGUGCCUUUCCACUGCGUUUCUGAAAUCCGUUUACAUGUGUAAGUGCGUGCACGUGUUGUUGCUCCUUCCCCUCCUCGCCAUCGCCAUUAAGUUGUGCCCAUUUUUCGUGUUGCUGCCAUAGUGUAGACACUGUACCACAUCGUUUUGUUUGUAAAACCUAAACUAAACAACAACAACAAUCAGAAUAACGGUUACGGCUUUAAUCGUUCAGUGACAUAUGUAAUAAUAACAAUAAAAACAACAAACAGUGGUAAGCACAACGCAAAUUUAUGGCUUAGUUACGCAUAUAACGGUUGUCGUUUAUGCUAGUGUUAGCUUUUGUUGUUCUGCCGUUGUAGUUUAUGUUAUUUUGUGUUGUAACGAGAAUUCAUUCCGGUAAAUUAAUUUUCGAAUACUACGAACUUCGUUGUUGCGGUAGCCUUGGUAGCAUAUUUCAACUCAAGUAUUUACUCACAAAUAUUGCCAAUUGGAUUCGCUCUGAUAUUACUUGGAUUCGUUCAUUGUUGUCUAAGCUUUUUAUGCCCGCUCUGAAAUAGCAUUCGACUUUUCCUGCCCCACCUGCCAACAACGCACGAACACAGAUGCUAUGAAGGCAACAACUAAUCUCAGUUACAGCCACUCUGUUGCGUCCAGCGCUAGCUCCACUUCAACAGCCACUUCGUACAACGCCAGCAGCAGCAGCGGCAACACUUCGGCCGCGUGCUUACAGCUCAGCACACCCACCGCACCGACUGCAUCGGCAUUGGUAUCGGCUGCUUCAACAUCCACAACAACAACGAAAUCAACUAAAACGAAACCUGCAAUAAAAACGCCGAAGGUAAGUUUUGCACCGCUCGACAUCACCUUCCCGCCGACGAAUACGUCCGCUACUAGCAGCAGUUGCGCGCUAACGGCCACGUGAUACGAAAACGCUAAUAUGCCACACAAUAACAUCGUUUGCGAGUGGUUGCGCGCCAUAGGCAUGCAGCAGUAUGCCGAGAGUUUUAUGGAGAACGGAUACGAUGAACUGGAGAUCUGUAAACAAAUUGGUGAGAUUGAUUUGGACGCAAUCGGUGUGGACGUGACGCAUCAUCGGAACAAACUGCUGAAGAGUGUACGAUCGUUGCGCGAGAAGGGCGCAGCCAUUGUUUAUGUGAUGAUCAAUGAUCCGAAGGCGCUGAGCAGUAGCAAUGAGAUUUUAGCAACCGAUUGUGAUGCGCCGACGACUAUGAAGGAGCUGGAGGCUGUUAUGAAGCGACAUUUGGAGGCCGAUGGCAUACGGUUGACUGCGCAUCCUUAUUCGACGCCGGAGGGCAAACGCGGCUAUUUGGAGGGUCUUGCCGCGCACUACAGCAAACAGAUUAAUAUGCCGUAUGAGGACGUGUUGGACGCCAUCGAGGAGGUGCGCGUUUCCAAGUGGAAGGAGCGCCAUGUGCGCAUUUCAACCGGUCACACUUUGUCGCGGCGCGCGGCUGGCAGCAGUAGCAGUGGCGGUGGCGGUAUGGGUGUCAGCGUCAUGUCGGGAAUGAUGGGCGGUGGUGGCGGCGUAGGUGUUGGAUUUGGUAUUAUUGGCGGCAAUAUCGCAAAUCAAUCAACUCUGCCGACAAGUCACAGCCAACCAUUGUAUGUGCCUGGAAAAUAUUUGCCAUCGAGUUGCCUUUCCAAUCGUGAGGAGAAUGAAAUCUACAGCUUUGCGCAAAACGAUUUGGCAAAUCGCAUGGCCAGAAGUGCAAUUGAUUCGAAAUCGGCGGUUAAUCUGAAUGGCAUGCAGCACAGCUAUCCGGGCGCCAGGCGGAAUUUCUUCUACGAUUUCUCGGCAACAGAGGGACGAAAUCGGAACAAAAGACGUACGGUAUUUGCGCGCUUUCUCAGCGGUCUGAAGCAAGGUGCCGAAGAAAACAACCCGAACGAAGAAAUGCAAUUGAAGUCCGCCGAGAAAUUUAAAGCCUGCAGCACCAUGAAACGCGUGGAGCCGCAUCAGAAUUUCGAAGAGACAAUAAGACGAUUGAAGACGCAGAAGAAAAAAAACGAAACGCAUGACAAGGGCAUACACGACAGGGGCAAGGAGGUGGCGCACACCAUGGUCAACGAAAUGCCACUCAACAAUUAUACGAAGCAUCCUUAGGACACGGCGAAAGGCGAAGCGACAGAGGCAACCGAACAAAAAGAGGUGAACGAUGAAGAUAAUGGGAAAGCGACGCAGGCAGUGGGCAAAGUGCAAGAGGCGACAGAAAGCGAUAAGGAAGUCAACAAGGACGACGCAGGGGUGGCGAUGUGCAGCAGCAACGCGGAAAAGAGGGCGAUAGUGAACGAUAUUGACAAACAUAUCUACGAAAACCAACUAUGAGGUAGCCAUAUAGUUAAUAUAGAGGCGUGAGGUGGUGCUGUAAGCGUUACGCAAAGCGCAGCGGGGAGCAGUGGGGUGCGGGUUGAGGAAAUAAUUCAUCAGUUGCGGCGAUGGUGCGAAAAUGAUAAUAACUUUGCGGUUGUAAUUAUACAUUCAAUUUUCCAUUUCUCGAAUUGCCUGACGCAAAACGUAAAAACGGACAAAAAAUGCAAUGCCACAAAGUAGAAGAAGAUAGAGCAAAACAACAACAACAACGUACAGUUUUUGUAGUUGCCCGUAAAGUUUGCUGGAUAAAUUAGUUUCAUUUGCAGUUUUAAGGGCAGCAUUCAGUGGCAGCGGCGCUGUGGCAUGGAACCCAACACACAUAAAUGCAAAUGGCAAAAACCUCAAUUAAAAUCCGCACCAAUAAUUUAAGUCACUCCAAUGGACCGCUACGCACAACGAGCGAAAACACAAACACACACACACAUAAAUAAGUGUCUGCACUCACUAAACCAUCGUGCGGCCAAUUGCAACUGUACACACACACACACACGCUCACGUGCAUGAAUACAUAACGGAUUGGGUGGGCGAUAAAUUAGGCACAUCAUUCACUUUCACAGUCGAAGCUGUGUGGUGCUCUGCGCCUGUGUCGGUUUCCGACUACGACACUGUUGACCAAGUGAAUGAACAAAGCAGCGAGCAACGAGCAACGAGCAUGGCAAAUCCUUUCGGGCGUCAAUGUGCUUAAAAGGGGAUAACAAUGUCCAAUACACCAGGGAUUAGCAGUGAAUAAGCGCAAACCAAAUGGCCAACAAACCGUUGGACAAGCGCAAAGAAUACGGACUUGUUAAACCGGCCGUACAGGGUGACUCAGUACUCUCUGUAUUGCUUUUUUUUUGCAUUUGUGUGGCUGCCAAGCGCUUAACCGCCAAACCUGUGCCGUUCGAUCGAUGCCGCCAACUGACCGAAUGUGCUUUAUUGCAUAUAUACAAAUAUACAAACAUACAUAUAUGCAUGCAUACAUAUAUAAUGUCUGUGUGCGUAGGUUUUCAUUGCAAGUUUUAUGCUCUAUAUUGAAAACGCCACAGUUGAUAAUUCAUUUCCAGUCGCAUGCUACAUAUGUAUGGGAAUUAUUGGUGUCUGCAACAGCAAGGACACUUACAAUCCGACGUGAGAACUCAAUUCGGUGAUCGUUGCAAGUGUAACUAUUUUAAGUUGAAUGUUUUUGACAUUCGCAGCUCAUUCGGUGAUUAUUUUAAAAACGUUGAGAAUACACAAUUUCAAUAUAAAAAGUGGAUUUUUGGAAUUAAUUUGUUUUAAAUGCAACUAAAACUCGAUGAAUUUACCAAAUUUGUAUCGCUUGGUUACUGGCAUAUCCAUGGUUUGUGAUUUUAGAACCCCAUUUCAUCGGCAAAUAGCAUUUUAAAUUCAACCAUUUCUACCACGUUCAGUUGUAUCGAUUGAAAAAGAACGAGUUUCAAACAUUGUGUUCUGAAGUGAAAAAAAUAGUGCUAUAGUGUGUUGGAACGCUUGAUAAUUUCCAUAUAAAUGCCAACAACUGCAGCCAACAUCUGUCAAUAGUUAUACCAAAUUUAAUUUUAAUGCUAUUUUCCAACUCCUUACUCAUCAGAAGUGCUGGAAAGUUUCAUAUAUGUUUACUUCAAGCUUUCAUCUUGCUAUUGAGGCAAAAUUCUCUUCAGUUAUUCAAAAGAAAUAUUGCUUUUCAGUAAAUUUUCGAUUUUUAUACAUACAUACUUAGAGAGAGGCCACACUUUUGGAAUUAAAACAAAUAUUUUUACUGCGAUAUUAUUAUGAAAGUUAUUUUGAACAGACUUACACAUACAAUGAAAGCUCAAAAAGCUCAAAAAGCUCUUUUCGUUAUUAACGAAACUGUUUGGUACAUUUCAUGGAAUGAAUCUGGUUUGAAAUGUGCACAAUUUAUGUAAAUAUUGUAUUUUGAUUGCUUUUUGCUUUCGCUUUCUAUGUAUCAACUAAUAAUAUAAUAUAUACUUUUGAUAAAACGGGCUUAAAGCUUUGUUUUAAGCUUACACCGAAUCCUCUGUCAUAGCUUUCAGAACACCCUUAGAGAUGUUUAAUUUUAUUAAAUUUUAGAUGCAUUUGUAUACAAAUUUGGAAUAUAUUUAGUAUCAAACUAACUUCGCUAUUUCCUCCGUUUUUGGGAAAGUAAUACUGGUUUUAAAAUUUGUGAAUAUAUAUCAAUAUUUCUAUGUGAAAAUUCUUAAAUUUUCGUCUGACUGAAAUAUUAUUCGCAUUACCCUUGUUUUGCACUAUACAAUUUCAUUUUCACACUUUGUUGAAAUAACGCAAUAAGUCCCGAAACCUCUUUUGCCGCUUUCAAUUAAUUUCAAAAUCAGAUGCUACGCAUUUUUUGCACCGAAAUUUGCCAUUCGAAAUUUGUUUAAUGAGCCAUUUCGCGUCUGAGCACUGCUAAUGAUGGCUCGGCUACUGCUAUUGCUGCUUGGCGCUUGGCGCUGGUGCAACCACUAGUUGUUAUUACAACAUAUUACUCACUUUUGUGGCGGUUGUUGUUGUAUAAGCAGCUCGUGCUGUGGGUAUGCAUUUGCGCGCCAUUUGCCGCCGCCGGUGGCUCGCCACACGCAGCACAAAGUGGCGUAAAACAUUUGCAUUGUGGCACCAAGGCCACCCGGACCCAACCAAUGCCACCGGCUACGCGUUCCAGGCAUUCACCAGCACUAAGCGCUUUUUAACUUGUUUGCUAGUGGCGCGUUAUGACAUUUGCCUUGUUGCGCUGCGCCGUGUCUCUUAACGCACUGCCGCGGCCCAUCGUCCUGCCGCGCACGGUUCGGAGACUUAAGUGAAUGUAAAUCAAGUUGUGCGCUGUCGCCGUGUAUUUGUAGCUGCGUAGAUUUGCAUAUAUGCAUGUGCGUCUAUGAUGAUAUGCACAUUUACAGUUAUGUGUACGGCUCACUCAUGAAGGCGCGCGGCGCAGUCGGUCUCAACAACACCGCAAAAGCCAUUAGCGUCCUGGAAUUUUGAAUUUCCGAAAAAUUUCACAAAAUUCAAACUUUUAAAGCUGUAAAUGUGUAGCUACGAGACUGCCACACACACACACAUGCAUGGACACAAAUGGUUUGGCGCGUGGUUGUGUCCGUGAAUUGGGCGUUCUUUAAGGUGUGUGAGAGGUGCGCGUGUGUACAGUGUGUGUUGUUGCACGUGCCUAAGCUGCAAUUAGCCAAAUUGGAGUUAGCCACUAUCUACCAUAUUUUUUUUUUAUACAUAUGGCAACAAUAAAAUUGCAACACAGUUAUUUUACUGUUAAUUCUCCACGGUCCAAUGGGUUUUAUUCGCUUCAUCCACAGACAAUUACGCGCAUUAACAAUAAAAUGUGUUUAUUAAUUCUAUUUGCGGGCUUACACUUACACGCCGUAACACACUAUAUACAUACGAGUAUGUACAUGUAAUAUACAUAUAUAAUAUAAUAGUGGUGCUAAUGGUAAAAUGACAUAAUGCAGCUGUUUUUGCGAAAUUUUUGUGAAAAUGAACUAUAUUCACACUUUAAUUUGAGCUAAAUUAGGCAUAGCAAAUAUCGUUUGUAUGACUGAUUUACUGUUGUUGUAAUGCCAUAACUGAGCCUGUUUAUAUUUUUCCAACUAUUAAAUAUGGUCAAAUGCGAGAUAUAGCAAUAGAAAAUGAGCCAGAUUCUUAAGUGUAACAUGGUAUAUACACGUUUUCAGUUGCACUGUGAGAUUACUAUGGCAAGAGAACAGUUACCACUCAUAACUAUCCUAGCCUGUCUUAAGCAGUCUGAGUCGUUUCAUGUGUACAAAGCCAUUCUCGACCAGAUUUGGUUAUUCUCAGUGCACAGCUUAGGUCAAUGACCUAGUUAUUAGAACUCAAAAUUGCCUAAAAAGAUGAUAUGAUUUACCAGUCCUUAAUCCAUUAAAGCAUAUUUAAUACAAAUUAAGACAGUUUUUAUAACAGAAUGACACUCGAAAUUGUGUUGUGUUAAUAAAUAACCUAAAUAAUUUUUAUUUAGUUUAUCAUAUGUUAUUUUUUAACAUUUUUUGUUUUUGCAAUGUAUUAUAUCGGAGACUUCGAUUUUUCAGAUAUAGAACAAGGCUAAGGCUGGUUAAGAAAGUGAGAAACAGGACAUACGUAUAUGCAUUAACGAAAUUAUUAAAAAUUUUACUUGACAGCAACCUGUCUCUACUUUCUUAUGUUAAAAAAAAAAAAAACAAAAACACACACUUUGUUGUAUAGUUAUAGUGCUAAUCAAAAUUGAACUCCUUAAUUAUUACUUCGAUGUAAUCACAUAUUGCCCUUCUACUCAAGUGAUACCAGUAUCGGGUACUGUGAUAUAGUAAAACACCAUAUCGAUGACACACGAACUGACCACAACGAAAGACCGUGUUCGCUACCAAAAAACAGUCGAGUCUAAGUAACCGGAACGGACCUGGAUUUUUAUCCAGGCAAGUGCUGUCAACUCGGUAUCAUUCCUCGAAACUACUUCAGACUGUUUUCCGCCGCUACAACAACAACAAUAACUGCGUUCAUUCCCACGACAGUCGGGUAAUCGAAAAGGAUCCAUCAAUGAAUUGACUGUUAGCUUAUUAUUUUAUUUAUUAUUAUUUAUUACCGCUACAACAGCAAAAAUAACUGUGUUCGUUUGAUAUAUAAUUCAAGAUUUUUGUAGGCUAAAGUAAUCCUAAACAAUUUUUCUUAUUAUUACCAUUUAUAUUUGUUAAUUGAAUACACAUUAAUUUUUUUGAAAUAUGGGGACCUUAUUACGACUAGUUUUCAAAUUUCUCCAAAAUUUUGGUUUUUGUAACGAAAAAAAGCUGUCAAUGGAAAUACUUCGAGGCUCAAAUUGUGGUAACGUGGGUGAAAGUCGGUGACGCAAAACUUAAACUAGUACCAUUUUUCAAUACCGUUCUUCAGAAAACGAAAUUACAUGUGAAAGUGACUUUAAUAUUUUGCCAGAUUUUGGCACAGAUUAUUUAACAUGACAACGCUACAACUUUAAAAAAAAUUGUUAAGAUCGGACCACUAUCGUAUAAUGGUGUCCGAUCAAAACCAAUAUAUAUAGCUCUUUAUCCCUGAACAAGGUAUAUUAAAUUUGCCACAUGUUUGUAACACCCGAAAAGAAACGGUAGAGAAUCUUUAAAGUAUACACAUAGUAUAUAUAAAUGAUGAGCGUCUGUCCGUCCUUUUGUAUAUAUACGAAUUAGUCCCUAUGUUUUAUAGAUAUCGUUCUGAAAUUUUGCAACUAGCCUUUACUCACCAAGAAGCCGCUCAUUUGUCGAAAUGGCCGAUAUCGGACUAUAGCAUAUAGCUGCCAUACAAACAAAACAAUCGGAAUAAAAUGAUUGUAUGCACUGUGCAACGAUGCAAUCUCCGAAGAAUUGUUGUUUAUAUCGAGUCACUCUAGCAUAUAUCCCAUAGAAGCUGACCGAUCAAAGUUGUCGGGAAUCUUUUGUAUUUGUGAAGGGUAUUACAGCUUCGAUGCAGCCGUAGUUAACAUUUUUUAUUCUUUUAUUGUGGUUUUAACUCAUUGUUUAUUCAUUUAUUUAUUUACUGGCAACACAGUUCGCUGCAUCUUUAGUAAAACAAUCACCGCAAUGCAACGCCGAUCAAUAAAGAAUUUAAACAAGCUGUUGGCAAUUUAAGGCAAUAACGCGGCACUCGCAGCGGUUGCAAUUAAAAACGAGUAUACGUGUGUAUGUGUGUGUGUGUAAGGUGUGCAGUUGAAGAUAACGGCGACAAUCGUUAUGAACGCUGAGAGCUUUAAAUGCAAAAAAUAUGCCAAUUACCACAAUCAUGCUUAAUGCAAUUUAAAUGGCCUACGGAAAGCUGCCGAAUUAAAGUGUGAAACGAUUGUAACAACAAAAAAAAAAACGCGCAAAAUAAUAAAAAUUAUGUUAUAAAUUGCGGAUUGAGUUGUUGUGUUAUUGUUGUUGGUUAAAAUUGGAAACGUUUUCCAUUUGAAUGGGAAAUUUUAUGUCAAAUUGCGGCAUGAAAUCGAAUUAUUAAAUACAAACAGACAUACAUACAUAUAUACAGUCAUAUAAUAUAACGGGUUUUAAAAUGUCAGCCAACAAAAGCAACAGUUAAAGAGGGAUGGGGUAGUGUGUUGUGUGUGCGAUUGCAAAUUAAAUGCUGCAAGUUGAGCGGUCGAUUGCCAAUGCCACGUUUGAUGAAUUAUGAAGUCGGCAUUGUAGCGUGCGCCAUGUGGCAUGUGGCAAGCGUCAACAGCUGAACUGCAAUUUGUAUUAAGUGGGUGUGAAUUAACAACACUCACAGGCGGAUUUAUGUUAAUGAAAGAAUGCAUUUGCAGCGUCGAUAAAGAGGUUAACAUGAAAAUAAGUAAGGCAAACACGGCAAAAUAAACCAAAACCAGAACAAAAACAAAAAGAAAAAAAUU